ACUUGUUUCUCAGCCGUUUUUUCGAAACGGCUUACGCCGGAAGCUGUUGAAGAAAAAAGUGAUUCGGCUGAAACCGGCGAAAUAAUAAACAUGGCUGACAACAACGAAAUAAUUUUAUGUUUAAUUCCUUUCCUGUUGGAUCAGCUUGACGAUGACGAUGACGAUGAUUUUACUUUGCCUACAAAGGCCUUAAUGCUUGAUCACAGGGCACGAAGGACAAGAAUGAAAACUCAACACUUCUUUGAAACAACUGUUCCGUUGUUUCUCCCAGAUACAUUUAGAAGAUUUUUUAGAGUUUCUAGAGGUACCGCUGAGAUUUUAUACCAGCACCUUGGACAAUGUCGAGAGCUUAGAAAAAGGGAGUUCAGGGGAGGCAGAGAGGAAAACCAGACGGAGAAGAAAAUUUUGAUGACAUUACGGUACUUAGCAUCCCAAGAAAAUACUAUGGAAAUUAGUGACAGAUUCGGUUUGACAGAAUACACUUUUCUAAAGCAUAAAAAUCUGGUGAUUAAAUGUAUAAUCAACAACCUCUUGAGUAAAUUCAUAAAAUGGCCAAGUGUAACAGAAAUGGAUAUGAUUGCUACCAACUUCAACGACAUGGGUGUUCAUGAGUUUCCUGGAAUUAUUGGAGCCAUUGACGGAUCUCAUAUCCAGAUUGAACCCCCCUCAGAAAACCCCCAGUCAUAUUAUAACAGGAAAAGAUUUCACUCUAUUAUACUUCAAGGCAAAUGCAAAGAUGAUAUGCAGUUUAUUCAUACCAAUAUCGGUUGGCCUGGCCGAGUCCAUGAUGCCAAAGUAUUGAAAAAUUCCCAUGUGUGGGAGUCAGGUUACCAAAAAUGUGAAUAUGGCCGGUUUCACCUGCUUGGAGAUGCAGCUUACCCUUUAAGAGUAUGGCUUUUAACCCCUUACAGAGAUACAGGACAUCUUACUAGACAGCAGACAUACUUUAACAAAUGUCUCUCAUCCUAAAGACAAAUUAUUGAACGGGCAUUUGGACUGCUUAAAGGUCGCUUCCGAAGAUUGAAAUACAUUCAUAAUAGAAAAAUUAAGGAUACUUGUGAAGUUAUUCAGGCUACAUGCAUCCUUCACAAUAUCUGCAUUUGCAGUGGAGAGGAAGUGGAAGAAUUCCUUGACCGAGAUAAAAAUCAGGAUGUAAAUCCAAUGCCGUUGGAAGAACAAGAUGCACAAGGACCAUUAAAAAGAAUAAUGAUUACAAACAGACUCUCUAAUUGAACUAUUUUUCUGAAAGGUUAACUUGAUUAUACUGAAUAAUGUAUAAAACACAAUAAAUACCUAUGUUGAACAGUUUUAUUUUAAUUUAAAAAAUAACAUUAAAAAACAAGGGCUCUUAAAAAACAUCAUAAGCUCCAAAUGAAACAGACUGCCCACAGUCACUUGGAAAAAAAAGAAGAAAAAUAAUUGCUAUUUGGCACAUGGGAAAUAACAAUGACUAACAAUAAUGCUGCUUUCCAACUUCGAAGAGAUAAGAAUAAAAUUGUCAUUACAGAGUAAUUGUCCUAGCUUCAUUCCUUUUUCACCAUUUU